AUGUUACGGCUGAUUCAUAAGAAUUUAUCGAGAAUGGCUUAUCUUGAAGUAAUCAUAUUUAUAUGUUCAAUGGUCACUUUCAUGGUCGGCAAUUGUGAAACAGAGUCAGAGCAUAGUAACAGAAAGGCAAAUUUGCCGAAGUUUCUGUCAGAGUUGGAUCUGUCGAGCAUAGAGGCGUCAAUAGAGAACGAGGAAUCGUUGAAAAGAAUAGUGAAAAGACUGGCACCGGAGAAGAAUGGCGAGUACCAAAUUUAUCAAGUCUUCUUCGGCAAUGCGGAUCUUCUCAAGGAAUGGCUCAAAGGAGCGGGCGUGACAGGACAACCCGGAGUAGACUUUCCAGCUCUCACGACAAUUCCAGCCACUUCGUUCAGUUGUCGCGGUCUGAAAGGUGGUUACUAUGCGGACUUGGAGACGAAUUGUCAAGUAUUCCACAUCUGCGACAACGGACGGAAAAUAUCGUUCCUAUGCCCGAACGGUACCAUCUUUCAACAAUCGCAACUGAUCUGCGAUUGGUGGUUCAAGGUGGACUGCAGCAAAUCUACGGAGCUCUACGAACAAAGUAGCGAACAAUUGCUGGAAGAAGAGAGGAGACGAGCCGAGUCGCGAAAAUCGAAGAUAGACUAUCAACAGUCGAUCGAGACAGGCGGACAGCAGGAUUACUACGACGUUCAGAAUCUCAGUUACGAUGGCAAGCAGAACGGAAGAAUCAAGCCUUACGAGGAACCUCCGCAAGAAAAUCACGUGCAGUCGAACAGAGAAAGGAUCAAAACCUCUAGACACUUCGAUUCUGGUAACAAUUUCAGCCAAGAAUCGAACGCACAAAGAGACAGCAAUCAGCUGUUCACCUCGAGUGGAUUCCAAUCGAAUCAACCUUCCAACUCGAAGCCGCAAUUUAAUCAAUUUACCAGAAAUACGGAAGAAGGAAAUGUAAAUAGGUAUUCAACCACCAGUCAAGAUUACUACAGCACUCCGAAGAAAGCUCAGAAUUAUCACGUUACCAAUAGAAACUCGAAUCACCAACGAGAUGACAAAGGAGCGUUGAAAAGAUUGAAAUUUAAAGGUUUAGCCAGGAACAAUUCCUCCACUUCUACCGUUUCGCAAAGGGUUACUCCGGCUUACACCGAAUCUACCACGUUUAGGGCAGGCAAUACCAGUCCAGUAAAGGAGUCUCAGCAAUUUGCAGAGAGUGCAGCGUUCGUUGGUAAUCGUGGCAAUCGAUUCAACGACAACUCUGGCAACAAUCAUCAGUAUUACUACCAAGUGUACGUCAAUCGUAAUUCUACGACGAGGAAUCCUAACUACGAGUCGACCACGCCUACGUGGAGACAGGAUACAGAGAACGACGUCUCUACGCAGAGAAACGACUUCUUCUCGUUCACAGACACAGGUUCGACGUCCUACGAGACGACGACUCAGUAUCCAACAGCGACUCCUCCUUGCAACGACGAAGUCACCACGGAAAGUAGCGUUCCGACGAAUCCGUCUGUUAAUUUCGGCACCCAACCAACCACCGAAUCCCUCUUAUUCGCCAACAGCAACUACGAUUAUCGCGCGAACGCGAGGAGCGUGGCCAACGCGAGGAACGGUUUCGAUAAGAAUUAUUACGACGACAACGACAACAGAGAUCCUGGUAGAGCGACUAAUGGUAACGGUAACUCAGGUACGGUCCCUGCAUCGACUCGAUCGUACGUGACCACAGAUACAUAUCGCCAGAACACCAUAACGCCGAGUUCCUCGCAGCAGAGGUACACCACGAGCUACUUUUCACCCACACCGACCGCGUCUUUCCGUAGCAACAAUUUUGGUCGCAGCACGGAGAGGCCAGCUGCCAGAAACACGAUCGAUAAUCAGUUUAAUAGAUUGCAGGGUGAUUCGAAAUCGACUAAUAAGAACCCCUCCACGGUCUCGCCGGGAUAUCGACAAAACUUCAUCAGCAGCACCACGGAGAAACCUUCUAGAACCACUGCGAUCUACCCGCAGAAUACCGCGACCGAAAAAGACUUAACUCCGUACGAUAGAAGUUUCACGUACAAGCAGGGCAAAAUAAUGUCCACUUUGGGUCCUUACAUUCCGUUCACCAGAAAUUACGCUUACUCUACCACAAGUACGAGCACCGCGAAACCUACUCCGUACACUGCCACGGUGCCUACCUACACCACAGCUUACACAUCUCCGAGAACUCUGAUACCGAAGUUGAAAUACCCUACACCGACGUCGUUGAGCAAAAUUAAAGGAAACUCAGCGCGGUUUUCUGAAAGGGAGCACGCUAUGAGCAUGUUAAAUUCCCUUAAGAACCUAGAGAGUAACGUGGCUAGCUUGUCUGAGACUUUGAAAGGGAACGACAGACCCUCCAACGUUUCCGUUCCUCCAGCUCCGUCGACUUUGCACUCUUUGGCUCUGUACUUCUCUACAGCCACCGAGAAUUUUGAUUCUAACGAAACUACCGAGUCGUCUAUCAGUUUGGAGUCUGCAGAGGACGUGGAAGAAUCGGUACUUUCGAAGAAGAGUAACGGUACCGUGCAAGUGCCGACUGGUCUUUUAACGCAGCACACUGUCAAUUCGUAUGCUGAGCUGUUCAGAUUGAACGACGCUGCUGAGACUAAUAACGUGACUACGGAGGAUCGUUUCGACGAUACCAGCACUUACGCAGACGACUAUAACGAAGAUUUAGAGCUCCAACAGAGCGGAGGAUCUCUCGAUGAUCUGCGAAAAUCGAACAGUACCAGACUUAGAGAAUUGGCUCAGGUGUUCACUCAUGCUUUGUCCGCGUACUUAUUGGAUCCAGAUACAUUCAAGAAGGUGUUGACGGAGAUCAGACCCACGGAACCUCCGAGAACUACGUUAGAAGGUGAACAAUGGAGCACCACGACUCCUUAUCCAAUUAACGACGAGGAGAACACCUCAUCGGUCAGAGAGAAGGACGAGGUUCUGGAUUUCUCCGACGAUGGUAACGACAUUAGGCAAAAAUUGACUACAAUUUAUCCCAGUACGUUCGAACCACCUACUACCACAAUUCAAGAGAGCGUCUAUGAUACCUUCACCACCCUGGAAAGUUCUUAUUAUACUACUCCUAGAGCGUCCAGUCAGGACAUCUUCGAGCACAGUACCAAUUUUGUGUCUUUGAGUCCCGUGACUGGUACGUACUUCGAAACUUCCGUGCCUCCAACGGAGAGCACGUUUAGUAUCGAGCAUAGCAGCACUCCGUUUGUGAGUGAUUCGAGUGGAUUUUACAAUCGGAAUAACGAAAUUGAUAAGGGGAACGUUGAGUCACCGGUGACGGAUAACUACGUUCCAUCUGACGAGUUUGGUACUCGGAGUAGAGUUGGAGGGUUUCAGAAUAACAGCGUGACUAUUGUCACCGAACCGUACGAUGGUGACAAAUUAUUCGUCACCACUCCUCUAAACGAUAAUUACGUCGUUUCACCGACUCCUUCGUCGCCGUCGGUGUUCGUUCAUAUGGUUACCUACAACUGGAACAAGAAAUCUACGAGUAAGAAACCCGAGCAACAAUUGACGCCGCCGUUGUACGAAAGUUAUUCAGAUCUGGUGCGAAAGGACAACGAUAAAAUCUCGUUGAAUCCCGAGAGUUACUCCAGUACCCCUAUGUCGAUGCACAAUGUUCGAGCAACUACUUUCGGCUCGACCAAGAGUUACGAAAUCUCCACCGAUCAGCCGUUCAAAAUUCCUCGCCGUAAAUCUUUGUUAUCGGAACCUAAACCCGGUGGAAUUUCCCCCCCAACGUCACGAAACAGUUACAUGAAGUUCAGGAAUCUUUUUAAUCGCUUGGACGAGAAUAAUAUCGAAACCACUGAUAAACCAACAACUACCACUGCUAGGGUCACCGAUAUAAUAACCACGACUACGAGUAAUCUGGACACCACACCUUGUACGAACACCGAAUCCGAUGAAUCGUUCGAAUCGAUAACACCGGAGGAGGAAUCGAAAAUAUUAAGCAACGAUCAUUGGACUUCGUCACCAGCUGUUACUCAUCUUUGGGAGACUUCCGUUUUCGUCGAUCCUCAGAGGAUUAAUCACGAUUUAGAGUCAGACCCUGGAACAACGGUCUCCACCGGAACUUACAGCGUCACCGAUAGCCAGGAAACGAUAGAGUACGGAAACACACCUUCCAUUGGCCAAGACAUAUCCGGAAGUUCGGAGGAGUCAUCGUUCGUCAGCGAAGACGACGACCCACCACCUACCGCGCAGAGAUUAUCCAGAGACAAGGAUUCACCUACGACGUUUUCUCUGCUUCCAACGGCGUUCACCACCGAGAACACCGCGACACCGAAACCACUGAUCACCACACGAUCCAGUAUCACCACGACCAUAACGUCUUCCAUCACCUCGACGAACUCGUUGCCUCGGGAGAGCCUGGUGACUUCGUUGCUACCGUACACGGUUGAGCCUGGAAAAUUGAACGGGACGGAGAACGAAAUUGCAGAGGAACUGUUCGGAAAAUUGAACAUCUCCAGUACGAACACGUUGAUGAGAGUAAUGAAACAGGCUGAUAGUAACGAGACAGUCAGACAGCUUGUUCUUCUCUUGAUACGGCAUUGCAGCGAUCCGGCGAACAAAACGAUGCAGCGUGAAAAGGACGAAUUGUUGAACGCGUUGUUGAGAUUGCCUGUAAAUGAAUUCUCGUCUGAAGAGUCGAGAAACGCUGUAGCUGGUAUUAAUCAGUUGAAUCUACCUGCUGUUAGGUCGGCCAGUUACGUGAGAGGCGCCUCGACUGCUCCGUUGGUCACGGAACCACCGGUGACUACGUUUAGGAGUAGGAAAAGUCGAAAGUUUCGUACGACCACGGAAAACUCGGCGAAUAUCGUGAGACGAUCGGAGAAAGGUGUAGCGUCUGAUGGGAAUAAUUCGUUGCAGGAGGACAAGAGCACCGCGUCUGAUAAUAGAGCGUUGGAGCUUCUUAGAUCGUUGUAUACUAUAGCUACGAAAUGGGGGUGA